AUGUCGUCCUUUUUUGUUUCAGAGAACAAUGGCGCUUCGCAGUUACCAGAACCAACACGUCCAAAGCGCCCGAGAUCUAGUUUAGCGUGCAUCCGUUGUCGAAAGAAAAAAGUAAAGUGCGACUUUGUCCAACCAACGUGCAACCGAUGCGCCGCUGCAGGACUUCCGUGCAGUUAUGCGACACCCCCGCGACGAGUAGACGGCCAUGCUUUUGACCAACUAGGCAACCACGUUGAAGAACUCAAGGAGCGCAUGCAGAAGAUGCAAGCAGAGCUGGCAUUGAUGAAACACAAUUUGCAUCCUUUUUCGCCCACUCCUACUUUGUCAGCUACUUGUGCCAGCAACGACCCAACGAAUCUUCAUGAUAGUACGGCCGUAUCUGUAGUAUCAACAAUGGCCACACAAAUACCCUUGACCAUUCCUCCAUCGCUCUCUCAACCAUCAGUCACCUGGAAACUAUCGCUUUCACCCUCCGGCCUACGUAUUGAUACCAACAUUGCAAGCGUGGCAGACCUUUAUCGAAUCCUUCUCAACGGUAUCAGCCAGCUCAAUGUUACCACAGAUCCAUCCAUCAGCUUAUUUGGCACACCAGAAGCUAUCAAAGGGGUACGUGACAGACGAAGACACAUCAACGAUGAUGGCGGGUCAAUUGAUGAUUGUAAUGACAACAGCAACACAUCGACGCGGUUAUCACAUCAGAGUGGUGGUAAUGCUAGUGGCGGACGCGUUUGGGAAGUGGAUGAGAACGAGGCGCGUAAACUUCGCAAAGUAAAGGUGCAUUUACUACCAAAAACCAAGAUGGACCAUCUGAUGCAUACAUGCUAUAACUCGUGUUUUGUGGCCUACCAAAUUGUCGACAAGGCUGCUUUUACGCGACAAUACAUCAAUGAAGAGUUAGACCCUUUGCUCUCUAACUCAAUCAAUGCAUGGAUGUCCAAACAUGGGUGUAUCUAUCACGGGGUAGAAGAAGCAUAUGAUCCGGUAACGAUGGGCGAAGAAUACUUUAACAAUGCCCGGCAGUUGCUCAAAAAGUGCUUUGACAUCAGCAGCCCGACGACAAUCCAUGCGCUUCUGCAUCUUUACAUGUAUCAAUUGAAUAGCGAACGUUCCAAUAUGGCCUACCUGUACAUUGGACUGGCGAUUCGAAUGGCGCAAGAUUUGAAAUACCACAAAAAGGAUUACAUGUCGAGCGAUAUGCAGCAACGAGAAACAAACAAACGACUCUGGUGGUCAGCGUACUGGUUAGAUUUGUCUGCCGCACUUGAAUCCAACAGGCCGACAAUGGUAGAUGACAAGGACUGUGAUGUGGACUAUCCUGCAAAGCUGGAUUCAGAAGAUGAAGAAACCGGUUAUCGUCUCAGUUUCUGCACAUGUUCGAUCAAGCUGAUGCGGAUUCGAAAGGACAUUACCAAACAUUUGCCGGUUGAACAAUCGGGUCAGUCGCUUUUAUCUGCCAUAUCGCGGUUAGAGAAUACUUUGACACACUGGUUGAAUGAUCUGCCACGAGCCUUGCGAUUCACUGAAGAGCAGCAGCAACAAUUUAAUAAAGACAGCAACAGCGAUCAGGGGUCGUCAACAUCAUUUAGACGAGACGCAAUGCUUAUCCUCAAUGUCCAGUAUCAAACGACUUGGAUCAUGCUACACCAGCUGUUCCUUCCUAAGCAAGGCCAUGCAGCUACUCCCGUUGCGCUUUUGUCUCUCAACAUCUGUACGAAAUCUGCCAACGCGAUCACCAAAAUGCUUGCAACUCAACGUUUGAAAUGGUGUCAUUUUGGGUUUGCGUUGGACGGUGUUAUUGCAAGCGUGGCGAUCCAUCAGCUCAACGCACUCUCCAACGAAACAGGUGUCGCCUGCCUAGCACAGCGCAAUUUGAUCAUUACGGCCGAUUUGCUGAGAAACUGUCCGUUGAUCUACAUGGACAGAAUCAACAGUAUCAUUGAAAGUAUCCAAGCGUUUUUCAAGAAAAACAACUUGUCAGAUAAUCUCAACGACGUACCCCCUGUCAACGAAGACUCGGUCAACCGCCAAUCAAUAUCAUCUGUGUUUCAUCCUGACGAGUUUGAAGCCCCUGGUUCUUCUUCUUCUUCCUCGUCCCUACAACAAGAACAGAACGAGUACCACUCAGCACUAGCAGCAGCACCAAAGGGACGUAGCCACCAUCAUCUGGAGGUCCCUAUAACAGUUUCUUCGGGAAUGUCAUCGUCAGCAGCAUCACUUUCUCCAAACAGCAGCACUGCAUCACUGUUGACCAGUCCAAUU